AUGAUCCUGCGUCCUCGCAGGAUCGUCGUACGAUUUCCAACGAUGCCGUACAAUAUCGUACGUGUCAGGUGGGAUCUGUUGCAGGAAGUGAUUUCCAAACUGACCUUGCGACGCGCCGUCUGUGACGACAGAACGGACCAACUUCACCACGUCGUGAUCGUCAGCCUGCUGUUGGGAAUGUCGCUGCUUGUCGGAGCAUCUCAGUUUGUCGGCGACCCCGUCCGCUGUUGGAUUCCCAAAGAGUACUCAACGGACGACGACCACUUCACCGACUACGUCAACAGCUACUGCUUCAUCACACCCAUGUACCACUUCCCCACGUAUGAACCCAUCCCCACGAGCCGUGCCGAGCGAGAGAAGACAGAAAUAGGAUUCUACCGAUGGGUGGUCGUGAUGUUCCUGUUCCAAGCGCUGCUGUUCUAUGGACCCCACAUGAUGUGGCAGUUGCUGCAGGGUGAGUGCGGCAUCAACGUGAAGAAAGUCAUAGAAAUGGCCAUCGACGCACAUCUCGGUAUAGUGGACGAGAAGGAGAGAGAGGAAACCUUGUCUCACGCAGCCAUUUUUAUCGACAGGUGGCUGACAACUUAUCGAGACCACUCCGCCUCACACUGGGCCAGAUUCAGUGGCUGUUUCUCCAAGACGUUCUUCUGCUUUGGUACCAAAUCUGGCUCGUACCUGGUAGAGCUGUACCUUCUGGUGAAGCUCCUCAACCUGGCCAACGUUCUGGGACAGUUCGCCCUGCUCGGCGCCUUCUUGCAGAUGGACUACGUCACGUACGGAUUCGACGUGCUCCUGUUCCUCUCAGAGAACGAAGACUGGCGCGACGUCGACCACUUCCCCAGAAUCUCGCUCUGUGAUUUCCAGAUCCGCCAGCUGCAGAACGUCCAGGACUGGACCGUCCAGUGCGUCCUGUCAAUCAACAUGUUCCUCGAGAAGCUGUACGCGUGCAGCUGGUUCGUCUUCGCCGCAGUUGCCAUAGCUACGCUCUGUAACCUGCUGUCCUGGGUGACAGAGCUCAUGACCUCAUCCAGGAGGGAGGCGUUCCUGGACAAACAUAGGCUAAAGAUGAAGCACAUGAAUGCCGACAACGAAACGCUCUUUAAGAAAUUCUGCCGCGAAUAUCUGAGACCGGAUGGAGUGUUCAUGCUGAGGAUGAUAGAGCGGAACACGACGAUUAUGACGUCACAGGAUAUAUUCAGUCUGCUGUGGGUUAUCUUUCUCUGGAAAGACGGCAAGCUGAGCAACUGGGAAGCCACCGAUACGUCGAAACUCCUCGACGAGUUCUGGAAAAAAGAAUCAGAAAGAAAAAAAAUCAAAACCAGUCUACUAAAUGGCGAAUGCUUUUCGAAUUUUAAAAGAUCCGUUGAUCUAUAA